AUGCAUCUCAUGAACCUCCUGCUCGCGUGCAUCUUCGCUCUGUGCGUCAUUGCCGCGCCUGCGGACUUCAAGCUGCACUCCGCGCUCACCAUUCCCGUCUCCGGCUCUGCAACCUACGACGCCGACCUCGCUGCUGCUAUCGCCUACGCCCGGUCUCACCCCACUUCCUCCGUCCAGACCGCCGCCGAUGGCCCGAAGAAGAAGUACUGCGGCCGUUACGUUACCACUCCUGACUCCGACCCCAUCGCCCAGGAACUGCUCACAGACGGGACCAAUGUAUGUAUCAACAUGAAACCGGGCUAUACUAUGGAGAUUGUUGGCAACACUUUCUGCAAUUUCUGCAUGUACUUUGACGAUGAUGGAUGCUUUGGCGCUCUCGUCUGGAACAAAGGACCGGAUCGGGAUCAGUGGCAACGUGUUCCGCGUACCAAGAGCUACAUCUGCUUCGAUUGA